GACUCAUCAUCAUCCUCAUUUCUUAUUAUCAAACACAUAGAUGUUAACAAAAGCUUGUUUAUCUCUUUAGCUAUUCCCUUCCUCUCUUCUUCUUCCACCACCAUGCUUCUCCUCUUCCUAUUCUUUCUUUUCUCCUCCCAUCUACACACUGCCUUCCCGGCACAUUGCACCACCACCACUGCCACAAAAACCUUUCAAAAAUGCAUGAUACUUCCGACCCAGCAAGCAUCAAUUGCAUGGACCUUCCAUGCCCACAAUGCAACAUUAGACCUUUGUUUCUUUGGCACCUUUAUUUCACCCUCAGGUUGGGUUGGAUGGGGCGUAAACCCGAGUUCAGCUGAAAUGACUGGUACCCGUGCUCUAGUAGCCUUUCCUGACCCUAACUCUGGCCAGUUAGUUUUACUUCCUUACAUUUUAGACCCUACUGUUAAGCUACAAAAAUCCCCUCUUCUUUCUAGACCUCUUGACAUCAACCUCAUAUCUUCCUCGGCCACUCUUUAUGGAGGCAAAAUGGCAACUAUUCACAAUGGUGCCACAAUUCAAAUUUUUGCUACCCUAAAACUUGUACCCAACAAAACAAAAAUACACUAUGUAUGGAACCGUGGCCUCUAUGUUCAAGGCUACUCUCCAACUAUCCACCCCACAACUUCCAAUGAUCUUUCAUCUAUUGCAACUAUUGAUAUAAAGUCUGGCUCCACAGCUAUCCAACACAGCAAUGUUAAAACAUUGAGAACUGUGCAUGGGAUCAUAAACGCAAUUUCGUGGGGUGUUUUGCUUCCUGUUGGAGCAGUCACAGCAAGGUACUUGCGCCACAUACAAGCACUGGGGCCUUCUUGGUUUUAUGCUCAUUCAGGGAUCCAACUUGGUGCAUUUUUUCUAGGGACAGUUGGGUUUGCCAUUGGAAUCAGGCUGGGAGAAUUGUCACCAGGAGUGAUGUAUGGGCUGCAUCGCAAACUUGGGUUUGCAGCAUUUUGCAUGGGGGCUUUACAGACACUUGCACUUCUGUUUAGGCCCAAGACUACAAACAAAUUUAGGAAGUAUUGGAAAUCGUAUCACCAUUUUGUUGGGUAUGCUUGUGUUGUGCUAGGAGUUGUGAAUGUUUUCCAAGGAUUUGAAGUGAUGGGAGAAGGCAGGUCUUAUGCUAAGUUGGCUUAUUGUUUGUGUUUAUCUUCAUUGAUUGGUGUUUGUAUAGCUUUAGAGGUGAACUCUUGGAUCAUUUUUUGUAGAAAAGCUAAGGAAGAUAAGCUAAGAAGAGAAGGAUUAAUUGGUGGGUCUGACGAUAAAGGAAGUGGAAUCCAUAGCUGAGUGGGGGGAAUUUUGAAGUCUAUGCUGUAACAAUUUUGCGUCAAAUUUUUAAGGCUAACAUCACAAUUCCCUAGUGUGAUGUUUUAAGUAACCUGUUUCAUUUUUCUGAUUUCUGAUUUCUUAAAAGAAAUUUACAUAUUUGUAUUUGUUGUUUAAGUGGAAUGUUAUAUUGUUAUGU